GUCGCCAUGGGAGACGCAAUGUAGGAAGUAAAUUCCAUAGCCUGUCGUUGGUGUUUUGAUAGCUCGAGCUGCUCUUUAAUAAACACCUGUCUGAUUUUACUGGAUUUUUGUCCUCUUGUUUUGUUUUCGGAGCAUUUUUAGACUCGUAUAAUCGCCCUGACCAGCUGAGGGGAACAUUUCGGUCCGUCAAACUGACAGGUAAAUAUCUGCUCUCUACAUAAAUGAGAUUUAAUGAUGUGUUCGUCGUUUCCUCUCAUCAACUUUAGCAGGUAACUUUACUCAAACUUUAACAUUUAGGAUUGUUUGAGGUUAAAGCUGAAUUUUCUCCUAUUAGAAUCUUUACUGCGUCUGUACAGAUUCACCAACUAUGGAUACUGACAGAUAUUUCUCUCGUUUCCAGCCACUUUUUCCUAAUUAAUGAACCAAAACCUGCUUUAACAUUUAUUUAGGUAACAACAGUAUCAGCCCAUGAGCCGGAGUCGGAACCCCCCGCCCCGGGGUCAAGGGGCAGCACGAGCCAAACAGGUAACACCUAUCAUAUCACCUCAUUAUCAUAUCUCAGUAGUGAUCGACAUGGACCGGCCAGAACAUUAGGAACACCUGGACAAUAUGGUGCACAUAGCUCUACUAUAAACCAUUCUCUCAGAAAGCUUCUGAACCUUAAAUUUCUGCUGACAUGAUCAGUCAGGUGAUUAUUGUCCUUUGUGUUUACUGUUGUAGACACGUUGGGUGGAGGUGAUUUUCUGGAAUGUGAAUAAAAAUGCUCUAAUUAUAACACCCUUGAGUACGCCACCAACAUCCACAAUAACUCCCAUGAUGAAUUUAAGAUCAAUUAUCUUCUAUCUGACUAUAUCAACACAAACUGAAAACUUAACCACCUUAGGAUGGUAAAAGGUACAGAACAAGCUAAAUAUAAAUAUUCUUUGUCAUAUGCAUGCUGCCAUGUUCAAAGGGUAUCCAACUUUCUUUGUGGACAAAUUGGUGUACAGUGGCUACUAUCAUCAACAUGUCACUCGGCAGGUUAGCUCUGGUCAUUUAGAUGUUCCAGUUGUAUGAGGAGAACAGUGUUAUUUAGGUCUUUGGAAAUGUGGAGUCAAUUGCUCAGGAGCACACAGCAAAUAAGCAGUAGGUAUUAUUUUAAAAGCACUUUAAAACAAAACUGUUUGUAUGAAUGAAGUAUGAAAGCACAGAUUUUGGAGAGAUUUUAAUGUUGUGAAGAAUCAUGAUUUGAAUCUGUAAUUGUAUUUAUUAUUGAUUAAUUGUUAAAAUGUAAUUGUAUCGUGAUUUUAAGUUUUUGGACCCCAGGAAGACUAGCAACCACUUUGUGGACGCUAAUGGGGUUCCAAAUAAAUAAAUAAAUAAAUAAAGGGAGAAUUUAGUGUUGUAUGUAGUGGAUUGCAGUAGGUGUUUAUAAUGUUAUGGCUGGAUGGUGUACUGUUACUAUGUCAACAACAAGGUAUGAUUCAGCAGCUUUUUGUCUGACUUUCCCUUUGUCUGUCUCAGAUGGGGCUGCUCCUCGACCUGAACCCGGAUGGCGGAAUGAAUGAUGAUGGAAACGAUGAAGACCUUGAAGCAGAGCUGCUGAAUCUGGUGGGAGGAGGUGGAGGAGGAAGAUCACAAGGGAAGAGAGGUGAAGGCAGAGGUGAGACAGGUCUUAAUCUUUCCACACGUAAACAGGUCUAUUUUCUUUCAUAUCUCUGUAGUCUUGCUCAAAACACUGAUAUCUGAUACAUCAAUCCAUUUUAUGUGUUUAAUUUCAGCUCCUGUUGCUAUGGCUGAAAUAGAGCAGAUGGCAGCUCUCUGUAUGAAAGACCUGGAUGAAGAGGAGAUGGAUGAUGAUGAUUUAGAGGAUGAAGAUCUACUGGUAACACACCCUGCUAAUUUUUUUCAAACCCAUUAAAAACUAGAGUAUAUAAUACAGUAAUCUAGACACUAAAUGGCUUCAAUGAUUUGUAAUUUUUCCAAUAAAUGAUUGAUAUUAUUCAUGGAUAUUCUGUUAUAUUUCAAAGACUGAAUAGAGAAUAGUUGAUAGAUCAGCUGCGAACAAACAACUAAGUUGUAACUUUAACUCUGAGCUGUGUAAAUCUCCUCCUGUACAGGCAGAGCUAAAUGAGGUUUUAGAGGACGAUGAGGAUGAAACUCCUGCUCCCACUCCUCCUGCCAUGACACCAAGUGCACCCAAAGUGAGCAGGGCAUCCCACCCUUCCCCACCAGCUGCGAGUAGUGGUGCAACAGGGGUGGAGGCCAAGCUAUUGGAGCGCAUUGAAAUGUACAAAACAGCCAUAUCAAAUGCCAAGGCUGCUGGAGAGACCAGCAAAGUUCGCAGAUAUGACCGUGGGUUGAAGGUAAAAGAGAGGAAACACCUCAUUUAACUUCAGUCAUUCUGUAGUUACAUAUGACUUCACUUCAUGUCUUUAAAUUCAAUUUGUGUAUCUUUAAAAACAACAUGUCAAGGAGUGCUUUUGUAUUCAUCCUCAGACACUUCAGUCAAUGUUGACAUCCGCCAGGAAAGGAAAGCCAAUCAGUGAGGAGGAAAUCCCACCUCCUGUUGCUCUUGGUGGAAAACCCAACACAUCAACUGAGGCUGGCUCAGUCAAGGAACGAGACGUACUGGAGCCUGCGCUGACGCCUUCUCCCAUGAAUCAGAAACCUCUCAGGGAGGCUGCACCAGCAGUUCCUAAUGCAAAACCAGCCCAUCUGACCCCUCCCCAAAAGCCUGUUGCUGCCAUCACCCCGGACACGCCGGCCAUCUCCCCGAUGACCCCAAGCCAGCCAGACACACAGCACUCGGGUAGACUAUGUACUUCACAUUAAUCAGUAAAAAUAUGAUUUUAUUUGCCCACAGUUAAACACAUUAUUAUUAUUAUUAUGAUUAUUAUUAUUGCUGUUUACAUGUUUCUGACCUCUCUGCUGUAACUGCAGGUCAUGUCCAGUAGUUAUUUAAUAUCAUAUAAUCAGAGUUAUUAAGGUAUAAAAACAUUGACAACAGCUGCCAUCGCAGACUAAAAAUCUCAACAUCAUUAGUACUUCUGAGAGUCAUCACUGGAUGUAGGAUGUUGUUCAUGAGAUUAAAAUCUGCUCAUCUUUUUGCUUUCUCUCUUUCCUUCUGUCACACAUCCUUCCCCUCCUAACAGAGCUGAAACAGGCUGUGUUGUCCAGACAGAGGGAAUACAAGAUGGCUGCCAUACACGCAAAACAGGCUGGAGACAUUGACUUGGCCAAGCAGCACUACCUCACUGCCAAAGUAACCAAACUAUUUUUAGAUAUUACAGGAAAGAGGCUGUAUUUUUUUGUUUUUGUGAGCGCACAUUGAAAUAUUUGAUCCUAAAAGAGUUGACUUCUCUUAUUGCAGAAGCUGGACAUGCUCUUGGAGGCUGUGGACAGUGGCGCACCUGUAGACCUGAGCUCACUACCUCCUCCUCCUGGUAAGUGGAAACACAUCUUACCCCAAGGCGAUGGUCAAAAAGUCAUUUUUUUCCACUUUAAACUAGUUUCUUGACAAUUGAGUGUAUGAAAAUGACAAUCAUGUAUUUUUUUUCUAAAUCAGAUAUUGUCCAGUCCUUGUUAACAACAAAUAGAGAACCAUACACUGUAAUUUUCCUUUAGAUAUGGUUCUGGACAACACUUGUUACCUAAUGGUUCAGUACUCAACAUCAGAAGACUGCUCUCCCAUCAACUAUCAAAAGAUAGAUUAGAUUAAAUCAAUAAGUAAUUGAUAAAUGUUUGCGUGAAGGAUUUAAAGAUUUCAGAGUCCCAGUUAGUAAAUGAAAACAUCUUGUUCUGGUCUUUUUCUGAGAUUUGGGGUUUCUUCUGUAACUGUGUAAGUCUGUCUGUAAGUACAGGGUGGCCAUACGUCCCCUUUUAUCCAGACAUGUCCUCUUUUUUGGGGGCUGUCCGGCCUUGUCCGGGGGAGUUUAUAAAAUCCUUCAAAAGUCCAGGGUUUUGUAGGGAAGUUUUGAGUUUGUGUCGCGGAACACUUGACCUGACCUGAAAACUCUAAAUUUACUACAUGCGACUCCAGGGUGGUUCCGUCCCCAAGUGCUCGUGUCCUCUUUCUGGGGAUUCAGAAUAUGGUUAUCCUAUGUAUCUAUUAAGACUGUAUACUCAUAAUAAACCAUCUGUAACCUUGGUUGAUAUAUAUUUAUCUACAGGAGAUGUAGUAGCAGAACACUGUGCACCUCCUCCUCAAUCGUCCUCUAAACCUGUUGCCCCUGCUUCUGCUGCUCCUGCACCUGCAGCUGCCCAGGUGUCCACAGCCGGUAAGCCUCUAUUACCCCAAACCUUGUAUUGAGAAAAGUGCAGGAAAGAGCAGAUGAUAAAAAGGUAGCAAGUUUGAUUGAAAACCUUAAAUGUGUCUGCAUAUACCCCGCACAGACCUGCCUGUCCCGACUAGUGUAGCAGAAGCCCUCCAGCAGAGGAUGGAUAUCUACAAGUCAGCAGCAGAGGGAGCCAAGAGCAAAGGAGACGAUCGUAAGGCUCGCAUGCACCAGCGCAUUGUUAAGGUAUGCACCGUAUUGUUGUAACUGUUUCAAAGACAAGCUUUUUAACCUGAUGUAUAAUUCGUACCCGUAUCUGAAAUAAACGAAAGAAAAGCUUUGGUUGUUCUCAGAGGUUCUGCUUCCAUGAUUCAGCUCGUAUCCCUGGCCUUGUGCUGCUGCUGUUCGGUGGUGAUUUAUUUUUUCCUUUUCUCUCUGACUAACUGGUGGGUGACUCACUUUAUUUUGACUUUAAAUAUCCACUGUUGCCUCCACUGUAAAUACCACUUUUGCUCACUUACCCACCAAAAUAACACCAGUUUGUUUAAACGAGAGGUGCAAAAAAUAGACAGUCUCUUAUUUUGAUUGAUUCAGCUGAAGCAGAAUUUCACUGAAUUUGCAGAAACAAGUGUAUGAUCAAGGCAUGCAUUGAUUUUCCUUUUCCAACAGGAGAAGCACUUUGUUUAGCAUUUGAGUUUUCUGGAGUAAUAUUGCAAAAUUUGGGGUUGGGAGGGUGGGGUGGAAGGGAUUAACAGAUUUCCUCUAUGGCCGGAUAACUUUUGAUCUGGCUUGAAAAUAAACCUUUUUUCGAUAUAUUAAUUUUGCAUCAGCGUCUGUGUUGACAUAUGAAGCAGACAGAUGCUAAAGUAUUUCGAACUGUUGAGUCAGAGAUCACUCUGCUGAAAAAUGGGGAGACAUGGCAUGACACAGAGGAUUGAGGUAGUGCGAUUUUUGGGGCCAUCCACACUGAGAGGAGUUGCAGGCUAUGCCACCGGGGGCAUCAGCACCCAGGCUCCCCGACCCUGGCAGACAACAGCCAGCUGGGCCGAAGGGACCCAGGGACAGUGCCCCCAGCUGCAGCCCAGACACAGUUCCCAGUGUGGAGGACCCCACUAAGGAAACACUGGAGUUAAAAAUGAAAACUAAAAGAACAUGAUAUGAUAAAAGAAAUAACCUGGAAAAAAAUAAGUAAAACGAGUGAACAGUUUGAAAUGAUAAAAGAUACAUCAGAUGAUAAAUAAAAUUGUACCAAUGGUAAGUAGAGCAAAUGAAGUUAUUUAAGGUUAAUAUCGUUUUAAAAAACAAGAUAGAAGCAACAACCUAAAAUAAGAUAGAACCACAUAAGAAACUACUAGUUAAAAGCCUUAUUAAAAAGGUGUUUGACAGCCAAAAUCUCUCAAAACACACAAGAAGUCAACUUUCACACGCACAGUGAUAAAACAGCCCAAGCUUGGUGGAUAUAUCUGUUGACACAGGUCUAACUGACUUAAAGCUCCUGAAAUAGACUGACAUUUAUAUUGAUACCUUGUUAUGAUUUGUCAAAAUAAAUAAGACCAUCAGCGGCUAAGAGGGAACCCACAGGGAGAGGGUGCAGUCAGCCCCGGUUUUCAGCCUGAGAUCACAUGAAGCAGCUGAUCAGCAGAGGUCGAGGUCAGGGACGUACUUUGGUGCUAACGUGUUAAAAGAGUUAAAGACAAACGACAGAAUCUUAAAAUGAAUCCAAGGAUGGGGGUAAUGUGUUUUCUCCUUUCAGUACCAGUUAAAAGAUGAGCAGCAGCAUUUUGACUCACUGUAGACGUGACAGUGAGGCCUAGCUGACACCAACAUAAACAGCAUUACGAUAGUUCAAAUGAGUAGAAAUAAAAGAACUCACAGAAAAUCAUUAAGAGACGAAGCAGAUUCAUUUAACAAAACAACGAACAUUGUGGAAAAUCAUCUACUUUGAUCGAUUACACCAGUAGAUAAUAAUUCAAAGGUAACAGUAUGUGCAAUUUUCACUUUUAACAGUAAUAUAAUUCGCCAUUUUUAUUUCCCAAACAGCAAUACCAGGACGCCAUCAGAGCUCACAAAGCUGGAAAACCCGUCAGCCUGUCGGAUCUGCCUGUGCCACCAGGUACAUUUUCUGCAAGUUAGUUUUAGGAUUCUGCCUCCAAGUUGCAUCAGAUAAGCGCAGUAAGUCAUGUCUGUGUUGUUCCUCCAGGCUGUCCACCACUUCAGGGCUCAGAGGGGGGCCAGCAGAACUCCAUGGGCCUCCUGGAAACAGCCAUGAAACUAGCCAAUCAGGAUGCAGACGCAGAGGAUGAGGAAGAGGAAGGACAAAGAGAGGCAGCAAAGGUAAAAAAAAAAAAAAAAAAGGAACAGGAAAAAAAUUAAAGGUGCGACCAAAUGGUCUGUUUUUUAAUGCGUUGCCAAGCAAUCUGAUUGGUUGGUUUUGAACAGAAGUGAUCAGUGUUUUUCAUGGAUGCCAUGCCAGCUUCAGUGGAGGGUUUUAAGUUUCUCUGCUGCAGCUUCUGCCUGUUACAGGAAAAAAAAUCAUGUUAGAAAUGAAGCAGUGAAACCCAAGAACACAACUCAACCUUGAAUCUGUUCAUGUGUUCAUUGAACUUUUCCUACUUUCUUUUGUCUCAGCCUGUAGCUCGUCCAUCUGCACAAAAAACCAAGUCUGCAGCUCCCCAGGCCCCUGCGGGUUUAAAACUGGGACCUAAAGGUGUGUUCAGAGUUGGUGUUGGUGAUGGUGGUGGACACAUGAUCACCUGCCUGCUCGCUCCAAAUUUGUUAGACAAAGUGUCUAGCAGAGGCACAAUUUCACUUCUUUAUCUCUUAAUUAUCCUUUAGCUCAGCAGCAAGUGGAUUUCCUGUUGCUAAGGCGACAAGCUUUUAUGCGUGCAGCACUGCGCUCCAAACAGAUGAAGGUGAGCCGUAUACUUUUUUUUUCCCCAUCUAUUUUCUUUUUCAGUCGCUGCUGAUAGAUCCUCGCUAUCUUUAAAUUUAGUCGGUGCCUCUGUCAGCGUUGAGGUGUUGUGUGUCUGUUGAGUUUCUGGGGUUUGUUUGUCUGAUCCGUCGGCUGCUCUGGGUUUGUGUUCAGGACAUGAAUGGAGCUGCAAACCACCUCAGACAUGCGAAGGGACUGGACCCCAUGAUCACCGCCGCCAAAAACGGCCUGCCUGUUGAUAUCACCAAGGUUAGAAAAACACAGUUAUGUACAGUGACCUACAAGACAAAACAGGUUUAUGUAUGAGAGCGUGUCGUCACAUCUUACACCUGGUGUGUGAGGUGUGUUAACACCAAGUGUGACAGGAAUAGCGGGCAGUGGGAAGAAGACAAAAGAUGAGGCAGAAACACGUUUGUGUGUGUGUGUGUGUGUGUGUGUGUGUGUACCUGUAUAUUCUCAGCAUCAUUACAAUCCUCAGAUUUCAUAUAGUUGCCCCUUUUCCCGUGUGGCUUUCUUUCAUUUUGCCUCCCUUUUAUUUAGCGUCCCGGCUUCAUAUGAGCCACGUGUUUCUCCCUGACACGGUACAACAUUGUAAUUACCCAGAAUAUUUUUCCAGUGCCUCUGUUAGUUUGUCUUCCUGUCGCUCUGCAGAAACAGAUAUUCAUCAUUUGUAACAGACAGAUGUGCAAGCUGCAUUCCUGACAUCUCAAAACUGUGAAGAAGGAUUAUUUAAAGAGUCAAAUGAACUAUUCAAGGUUUAAUUGAAUGAGAAGAGGUAAUUCUAUUUCCUUUUUUUUCCCACUACAUCUUAUUUCGUUUCUCACCCUUCUUGACAGAUUCCUGCUGCUCCAGUUAGUGAAGAGGACUACUCGCUGGCUAGGUCCCGCUCCUCCCCUCAGUCCCCUCGUUCUAGUGAGCAGUACCACGGCCUCAUGGAUCUGAUGCGCAGGCAGCACGAGGUCAGAGCAAAUCGUUCUCUACUCCUGUCUUUUAAAAUCUGGGGAGCGACAGUGAUCAGCCGUUGUUGUCCUCCAAGGUUGUUCAAUGUUUUUCUGACCGUGCAGCUGUUUGACAUGUUUGAAAACACAGCUGUGUUGUGUCUUAUUGUGCCGGGCUUUUGUCUGUUUUCAUACCCACACGUUCUUUUGUUGUGAAUCCACAUCUACAGAAGUGUCUGAGCCACUCUCAGCAGCUUACACAGAUGGGCAGUGUGGCCGAGGCUCUGAAGUAAGACACAUUCGUCAUUUCUUGGUUUUUAUGAAAUACAAAUUUGAUGUAGUAAAAAUACUACAUCAUUAGGUUGAAACAAUCUUUGUCCUUCACCAGGUUCGAGAGGCUUUGUGAGGAGUGUAUGAAGAGCAUUGAGAUACUGAAGAAUGCCUACGCCAAGGGCCAGCCAGUCCCCAAGUGCCGCACAGAGGAGAGGACCUUCAACACUGUCAAGUUAGCAGAAAACUCAUGCAUUACAAAUUCUAAAAAUGCGUUUUUUGAAGUCAAUAAUCAAUAAGCCUGCCAGCAGCUUCAGUUGUAGCCAUGAUAGUCGGAUAUCCUGCCACUGAAGUCAGUCAAUAUCUCACAGACUGUACAUGGUAAGAGUAAUAGGGAGGGAAACUCCAAAUCACUAAACUGAUCUCUUACUUUUAUGGAGAAGUCAGCUUGAGGUUGGCACUUUUGAGAGUUGUCAAAUAUCUUGAAAAACGUUGAAUUUGGUUGAUGUAAAAUAUUAAGUUUUUGUCAAGAUAAAGAUGCCGCUCUCCUCUAAAACUGACUAUUUCAUUAGUGAUGGGCAUUACGGCUCUUUUUAGUGAGCCAGAUCAUUCGGCUCAGCUCACCAAGAAGAGCUGGCUCUUUCAGUUCCCAAAUGGCUCUUCAUUUUUCCACUAAUACAUUUUCUAAUUCAGCCAAAUUGUUUGGCUUAUGUUAUGUACGUAUGUGUACAAAUACCUCUUAAAUAGUUUAAUACAUCCUUUGUACUGAAGUAUUCACAAGUAAAAAUUAUAUUUUCUAAUAUCAGCCAAUUGUUUUUAUUGCAUUUACAGACCUUUGUAACUCUUUGGAACCACCCAAUGAAUGCACUGACUUGCUUGUAGAACCAUUUUGCUCUACAAAGCAGAUAGAAAUCUCGUCAUUCUGCCUUGUAGUUUUUUUCUAUGGUCUGUGGGGGAAAAAAGAAAAAGAAAAACGUCUCACAGACAGGAGCCGGCUCACAUCUUUCAUGUUAAAGAGUCGGCUCUUUGAACCGGUUCGUUCGUGACCAACACAUCACUACAUUUUAUUCUUGUGAUCAUUAUCAGGUCUGGUUGUUCAGGUUUACUUUCAGGUAACGCUUGUUUUUAUUUAGAUUAAGGGUUUACCAGACAGUAUUUAAACUAUUCACCGCGGUGUCACUAGAACACAGUCUCAGAUGAAAUGAAAAUGCACUUUUAUUGAUUUAUUUAGAAACUUGAAAAAGAUUUCUCGAUUCUUCGCACAUUCAUCGCUUGUUUAUUUUAAAACACAGAGUUAGCAGAUUAACUGGAGUGACUCACUAUGACUCACUCUGCCUCUGCUCCAGUAUCAUACUAGGCUUACAGCUAGGUGACUCUGGCAGUGACUCAUGGAGCCGUCAGGAUCGUUCAGCUCCCCCCUGAUCCUGACAGGACGCCGUCUCUCGCUCUGGACGCUGUUUCUGAAUGAUCUUUUUUCUUUUGUCAUGUAGGACGUACUCCAACCUGACACCCAAUGAGCUGAUGCUGUUUAUCAUUCGAGGCAUAAACCUACCGACUCCCUCAGGUACUGAAAGCAUGUUUGAGUUUGCGCAAACAUCCUGUGGUUGUGUUUCCAAUGUGUGUUAAUUUACACCUACACCUCUGCCUUCAGGUGUCUCACCCAACGAUCUGGAUGCUAGUGUGAAGUUUGAGUUUCCUUUCCCCAGUGCGGUAAGAUUCUUUCUCACUUACUGACUGGAUUACGCAAAUAUCACUCUGUUUUUUUGUAUCUAGAUGUGCUUUAAUGCAUUCAUCUGUGCGUGUAGGAGGAGGCUCAGAGGGACAAAACCAGCACGGUGAAGAGCACCAGCAGUCCAGAGUUUAAAGAGCAGUUCAAACUCAACAUCAGCCGUACGCACCGAGGCUUUAAACGGGUCGUCCAGUCCAAAGGCAUCAAGUUUGAAGUUCUGCACAAGGGGUAACAAUCAUACCCUCUGAGGGGCAAAAGCUUCUCUGUUUGUAUUUAUGUCAAACAAUGGAAAUGUCAGGUCUUUGAAGGCUCUCUCUGUGUCUUUAGAGGCCUGUUUAAGACAGACAAAGUAGUGGGAACUGCCCAGCUGAAGCUAGAAGCUCUGGAAAACCACUGUAGCGUUAGAGAGAUCAUAGAGGUGAGUGCCGGUACCUGAAACCCCACAUGUAUGAAACCCCAUAUUUGUCUAGCAAUGUGUCUAUUUUAUAGGUGAUGGAUGGACGUAAAGCUACAGGAGGCAAGUUGGAAGUGAGGGUGAAGAUCAGAGAGCCUUUAACGGGAGUCGAUCUCCAGCCGGUGACGGAGAAGUGGCUCGUUCUGGAGCCUGUGUCUUCACUCUCUCCUCCAGAGAGACAAAAGGAGCGGCUGGGUAGAGUCUACUUCAGUACAGCAUGACCGCUUUCAAACAGAGCUACUUCUACACUCGUAAAGAUCGUGGAAACGUCACAAAUGUCAAAGUACAGACAUUCAGAAAACUGUGUAUACUUAAAGGGAUAUCCUGGCAUAAAUUUAAGUUAUGGUCAAACACACCGUAACACCGAGUUCGAGACCUCCUCGAGAGAUGAAUGCUGCCGACUGCUUGCUUCUCCAGUUAUACCAACAUUAGUAACGACCGCACGCUAGCAAUACACAGCGGUCUACGUCUCCACUCUAUAGCCACAAAUAAUGCUCAGAGCAGCACCUUACUUCAUCAACAGUACAUAUAGGGUCCUAGCCAUAGUACUAGCCACCAAGCUUUGCCUGGAUUCUUUAGCAAAGACACUGAACACAACUAACCCACUCUCCUCCAGCAGCUGCUUGUUUGUGGGGGAGCCCUGACAAGUCGAUCACCGAUAGGGCUGGGACCCUAUAUGUACUAUUGAUGAAGUUAGGUGCUGUUCUGAGCAUUAUUUGUGGCUACAGAGUGGCUUUUUGGUUGAGGUUUGCGCGUGGAGACGUAGACCGCAGUGUAUUGCUAGCGUGCAGUCGUUACUAAAGUUGGUAUAACGCAAGAAGCAAGCAGUCGGCAACAUUCAUCUCUGGAGGGGGUGUCUAACUCUGUGUUACUGUGAGUUUAAACAUAACUUAAAUUUACUCAGAAAUAUCCCUUUAAUGUUUCUUAACUGUUUUAAAAAUCUUCAUAUGUAGCAGAGUUAUAUGGAAACAACUAGCAAAGAAAUCUUGAGAUACCUGCAAGAGUAGACGAAUUCAUCUCUUAUAUAAAAAAAUAUUACAGGUGCAAACGCUGAGAAGGAGACUAUAGAUACUAAGUUCAUACAUGCAACAAACAGAUGCCAGAUUUCUUUAUAUUUUAUCUCCCAUCAGCUCUCACCCUCAACAGUAUGUUGGUAUCACCCAAUCACAAGUUCACUCAACCAGCUGCUCGUCUCAGUAAAGAAUGUAUCGACACUCCCAUUUUAUCAAAGCCUUAAUGUGUUUUUCCAUAUCAGGCUCCAUCUCCUCGGUCCAAACCCAGACAUGAGGCGAGCAGCCGGAGCAGCCAUCCCGACAACUCCCCUCCUCAGUACAAACUCCACAGCUUCAGCCUGCUGAACUAUGACAGGGAGCGGCUGGAGAGAAAGGUAUUCAUGAGUGUCUGUGUCUGUGUGUGGACCGAACCCCUCCACAGCACUCGACUCACUAAUGCUUGUAAUGUAAGGUCACGUCUGAGCCAUUUGGUCUGUCUCUCAGCUGGCAGAGUACAAAAAGACACGCAGGGAUCCCCCACCUGACCUCAUCCAUCAGUACAAAGAGGUCACGCACCGACUGCAGUGGCAGAAAGCUCAUCUGGAGAGAGGCUCCUCCACUCUUUCAGGUAACACAAACACAGAAGCAUGUAAAUGACCUCACUGAUAAAAAUAUAUGUCUUUACUACUUAUCAAUGUAACAAAAAUUUUACUCCACACUAUGUGCAGAGUAUGAAAAUGUGCUGCGGCGUCUGGUACAUGGACUCUCUGACUCGGUGAAGAAAUUCUCCAGCCAAGGCAACAGGGUGAGUCACUUAUUGUGGUGGUUUUCUCUUUUGUGUUUGUGCACAUCAUACAGUAAACAAAGGUAGCAUAAGUACACAAAGUUCUUUACUCAAGUAGAGGCACAAAUACCGGUGGAAAAAAUGGUGGAAGAACUCUUUAAAUGAAGCUGAGCGAACAAGUUCAGGCGCUGAAAUGUAAACCUUUAACACCCAAAGUAUGAAUAUACAAAAGCAUCCAUCUGUAGUCCAUUUCUUUCGGAUAAUUACGUCUUUAUUACUUCUUUACAUUUAUACAUUUAGCAUACCUCCUCAUGAGAAAUAAAAGGAGAAAAAAAGAGGAUAAAUAGAUCAAGAAAGAAAACAACUUAAGCGCUUAAACAGAUAAAUAAGAGGAGCCCCUUACGGAGUAUUUUUUCCACAAUAGGCCCCAUGUGUUCAGCCCUGCUGAGCGAAUAACCAGCGGUCCAAAAGAGACUUCCAUGUGUUCAAAAAGAUGUUUGUCUUAUUUUUGAAGUAAUGUCUCAGUCAGAGUUUGUUUAAAGAAGUCAAACAUCAGAGGUCUUUGCAGUUUUAAAAUACAAGUCCUCCGAGCAGAUACAGGAUCAAGAGUCCUCUCCAACUCUGAAUUCUCCUUUCUAGACAUGUUUUGAACGUCAACACUACCCAAAAAACAUGGAUAAUAUUUAGAGGAUGAGUUGGAGCAGUUAUUGUCUGCUCAGUUAUCUUCUGAAAACAGUGAGGUUAAAAAACACUCCGGUAUAAAGUUUCCCACUAGUCAUCAUUAAAAUCACAUCUCGGGUCUUUUUCCAUAAAAGAGGUCAAAGAGAAGCUGAAAUGCAAAGCUGGCAGGGAGUUAUAAAUCAAGGGAAUGUUUCCUUUCAGCGAAGUAGAGCUCUCUGAAAGCUCCUCCAGCUCUGACAGGCCCUCUGGUCGUCCGUCCCUUUCUUAGGUAGUGAUUGAGUGAAAAAUUUACAAUUAUUUCUUAAAGUUGUAUUUUUGUACGUAGAAUCCAGUCCUUAAACCCAGAUGGACUUUAAAGGAGCCUUAGAAAACAAAAGACUGGCAGUGAUGUAUGCCAUACUUUUUCAAACAUGGAGAUUUUAACUGGAGAGGAACUUUUUUACAUCUUGCCAAGCCUGAGGAGUGUUGACUGUGUUUUGCCAAGUUCCCACUGUCUCUCACUGUCAUUGUGUACCAAAGAUAAAGUCCUAAUGUUGAUUAAGGAAUAUAAGAAGUAGGAAAAAAAAAUAUGUACAUGUUUGAAAAAGUAAAGUAGUGUUCAGAGAGAAAUCUCAAGUGUAGUAAAUAAGAAGGUGAAACCGCUUUGACACUUCCCACCUCUUUGUACAAGUGUAAUGUUUUGUUUUUCUCCUCAUAGGAUGCUGCCAAGGAUGCACUAGGCAGACUGAAGAUGGUGGAGAAUGAGGUAAAGAUGCCAGGCACCGUCAGUAUCACCAUUAAUGUCUUUAUUAUCACGUAUGCACACAUGUUCAUUGUACACUGUCUUUCUCCGCUUCAGCUGGAAUCUCUUAAAAGGAAACGCACUGGAUGAGAGGAGGGUGAGGGGAGUGGAGGCUUGGCUGGAGUACUGUUAUGUCAUCUCUCUAUACAAACACUACAGCGGGUGUUUUAAAGGAACCUUUAGCAUGACCGUAUGCUGCUCACGUUCAUGACGACUGCAUGACCCAACCUGAUGAUUCUGUGAUUUGAUCUGACAGUGUCACCUGUGUCACCUGUCUUAGUGAUUAACAAAACAAAUCUGUAACUAGGAGGGGACACAGCCUUUAAAAACAAGCAUUAAAAUGAUAAGAAGGCUUAUUUGCACUUAAAGACUAACACUACAUAAAGCUGCUUCUAAAGUUUGGCUUUCCAGACCUUACAUGUUUAGUGUAACCCGCAUUUCCUCUGAGGAUAUUUGCUUAAAAGACUUAAAGGUUUACACCUGGCACCAGCUCAGACAGCCUCAGAGAGAUGUCCAGAGAUGACCAAAAAUAGUGUGUUUAUGUGUGUAUGUGCUAAGACGUGUGUUUAACCAAUGGACUGAGGUGAUUUUAACCCCUUUUUUUCCAUAUUUUAUGUGUGUAAUGAGCUUAAUCUAAUCUGUCUGCUCCAGUGCUCCCAGAUUACAGUAAUCUGCUCCAUUUGGAGUGGUGUGAUAUGGGAAUAAAAAAUAAAAAAAAACGGGGCUUCAGGGCCCCGCAGUCUACAUCCCAUAAUGAGGGAUUAGUGUUUGUGUCACCAAGGAGACGACUAGAUCAGACGUAGAGUCGCCUUUGGGGCUGGGGAGAGGGGGUGUUAACGGCGUGCCAUGAAUGCGGUGGAGGCUUAGCCUGCAUCGGGAUUGCUUUUUCCUCUUCCUCAUCAGCUGUUUCUUCUCUGUUGUCCUCUUCAUCUCCACUUUCUUUACACCAAUUCCUUUGCAUUUAUUCUGAGUCAUGAGUAAUUGGCUGCUCCGCUUGGAUUUCUUAAAAACUCUUCAACAAUAUGAAGAUUCAGAUUAAAAAAAAUAAUGAACAGACCCUGCACGUGUCAGUCAGGUGCAGACUAGGUGUAAACUGAACCGUGCUCUCCAGAGAUCUUAGUGUCAUGUCCUCAAACAGACAACCUCAUAAGCGUCUGUAAGGCUGGGUAAUUGCUCAUUUCUCCUGUAGACAUCCCUGUCAUAGUCAUCCCUCUUAAUCCCCGUCAAAUCCAGAUGAAUCAAACUUCAUAAACUGUGACAAUGCAGAUGUCUUUAAAUGAAUCUGUCACAUAAGAAUUUAGGUUAAAAAGUCAUAAUGUGACUAAUAUGUGGCAUUAGUGGCCUUCUAUAUUUAGAUCUCUGGAUAGAUGUUUCCUCUGUGUGUUUGACAACAUGUUAACCUGCUUCUGUUGAUCCACGUUUAUUGCGUGGAGCCAGGAUGUAGCACAGCACUAUAAAUAAGCCUUACUGUAUGAUUUUGUUUUGGCUCGAUGCCCACAGUGUUGUGGUCACGUGACGCAGCAGGGGAUCAUGUGUUUGCCCUAAUCCACCAACGGCAUCACCCCAUUAACAAAUAAUCCUGGCCAACACUGACCUGAUACUGCCCCGCAAACACUCUUUGGAUUUUUGUAUAUCACCCCUGCCCCCAUACCUCAACAUUUUUUUUUAAAACUUAUCAGUGUUUUCUGACUGUUAGGAUGCUUUUUGAUCAGGUGGUGAAAACCGUAUUGAUCUCUGCUCACGGUAAAUUAGUUUUAGUGUGAUGUAGAGAGACAUUUAAAGGACUACAGCACUGUGUUUACAACCCUCACUGCAAAUCGUGCACACCUUUUAUGUUUUCUUUUCUGCACAUGCUGCACAGUUUCUGAUUGUGUAUGUCGUGUCAGCCGUCACUUUUCAUUCAUAUCUAUGCUGUAUCUCGGCUAACAGGCUUUUGAAACUUCCUUUAAGUUUGACAAGACAUUUAAGAUCAAUGACUCAAGUAGUUCAACACAGAAACCAUAAAGUCUGCACUUAUGUCGCAGCACAUCUUAAAGUUUUCGAACAGUACAGAUGGUUUUAGAUUAACAACUAAAAAUCAUGUAAUGAUUGACGUGCUUUGCCUGCUCAUGUUAAAGAUCAAAUCAGCAAAGACUGGUUUGUCCAAAUAUUGACACAAACUAAAAGUUCUUUAGCUUUAACAAGUUGCUAUGAAACUCUAAACAAUUUCAUUGUUCCCACCACUCCUUUUACAAUUACAACCAUAUCAGACAAUGAAACAACAAAACAACACUUUGGAUUUCGGACUAGACUAUUUUUUGGUUGUUUCGUGGUUUAAAGGACACUUCAUCAGCAAGUUUUUCUUAUAAAAGCUGAAGCUGUGAUGUUAAACUGGUUUGCAGUGAAUCCUCCUAAACCCAGGCUGUGGCACAUGCAUGUCUUCACACCCUUAAAUGCAGCCUGCUCCCUUUCACUCCAAAACCUUUAACCCUGCGUAACCCCAAACACACAAACACACACUCCUGUCACAGCACUCUGGUAACCUCACGGCCUCUAAGGCUGUGGUGUUGUCAUGGCAACUAGCUCAUCAGCAUUCAGUGAAGCGGUUCGGAUAGUCAGGGCUAAGGGGAGAGGGACAUAUUGUUAAAGUUUGUCCUGCUGGUGACUCUUCCUUGUCUUACACUCCCAAGACAUCACACACUCUUUAUUCUUUCAUUAUUUGUUCUUUAAGUUUGUCUCUGUGUUUCUUGUUUUUCUUUUUCUUUUUGGGCUGCACUCCAUUUACAGAAGAAAGUUUGAUUUUAUUUUCAGAGGCAGUUAAUGUGUUAAUCUGGGCUCGGGAAAAUAAACAUGUUUUACUGGUGACAUUUCUUUGGUAUGCUAAUGAAUGUCAUGUAAAGGCAAUCAAUAUAAAUGAAUAUUUAUAUACAGCAAAUAAACAGCAUCAUAUGCUCUGUCUCUAUUUUGAUGUGUAAGUCUCGCUGAUGUGUGCAGCUCAAAAUGGGAAUGUAUGAAAGCCUGAUUAUUGAGGCUUUACUCUCUUAUGUAUGAGGUCGAUGUUAACAUGAAUAAAGUGGUGAGAAAAGCA